AUGAAUGCACAAAUGGACCUUUCUUUGGGAGACCCCCAGAUAAAUGGGCUUCUGCUCACAGCCCCUCUUCUUACAUUAUGGAGCCUGCUAGGUGCUGCCCAGCUUACCAUCAUCUCUCAGCCAUCCAUCGCUGGUGUGGGUGACGAUGUCCUUCUCUCCCUCCACGGCCUCCAGGAGGGAAGUUAUGUCGAUAUCACCUGGUUUCGAGGGACAGGUUUUCUGAGAAGCAUUCUGUCUUAUUACACUGAGACAGAGAAAGUGGCCAUAGGUCCUGCAUUUACCAACCGGGAGUGCUUGCAGUCUACUGGUUCCCUCAUCAUCAAGGGAGUCAAAGUGACUGACUCGGAAAACUACACCAUCCUUGUAAACACCAGAGUCAAUGGGUUGAUUUGGGCAACAGAAAGUUUCCAAGUCUAUGUGAAACCAUCAAAACCCAACCUCACUAGGGAGUAUAGAGAGUCCAUCAUUGAGUUUAAGAGUGUGGUGAAGCUCAUGUGUAAUCCCGAUGAUGUGGAUGUCAGCAUCAGAUGGUUCCUGAAUAAUACAGAACUUCCAUCCAGUCCACGACUCUCCUUGUCUUCAGAUAACAAGACUGUCAUCUUUCACAAUGUCACUAGAAGGGACAGUGGAUACUACCAUUGUGAAGCCUGGAAUCCUGUGGGCUUCCAGAAAAGUGAUGACUUUAAUCUGAUUGUCUACUAUGGACCAGAUGAGGUCACGAUCAUGCCAGAUACUGACUCCAUUUGGGGCAGCACCAUUGGAGUGGAAAUUAAUUCCAGCCUCACCUUCAAGUGUCAGGUUGAAUCAAACCCUGUUCCUACCUGUGCCUGGUAUUUAAAUGAAUCUAACCUGGGGAUUUCUGAGUGCAAUUACUACAUCCCAAGGGCUUCCAAGAAUAAUGAAGGGAAUUUCAAAUGUACAGUGAAGAAUUGGCUGACUGGAAAGUCUACUUCAGCAUCUGUCACUCUCAAGGUGGCUGAACAGGUGACCAAACCCCGUGUGUUGGCCAAUACCACCUCCAUUGUGGAGGAGGGAUCAGUGAACUUCACCUGUGAUACUCCAGAUGCUGGGAUUGAGGUUCAGUGGCUCUUGGACAACCAGAUUAUCCCAUUGAGUGACCGACUGGUGCUGUCCCAGGAGAACCGGUCACUGACCAUAGCUCAGGUCCACAGGGAGGAUGCUGGGCAAUAUCAAUGUGCCACCUGGAACUUGAUUAGCAGGAACAUCAGUGACCCAGUGUCUUUGACUGUGAAUUAUGGACCUGACCCUAUCUAUAUCAUUCCGGAAUACGAGUCCAGCAGGGUCAACAGCAUUGAGAUUAAGCUUGGCUCUACUCUGGCCUUACUGUGCAUUGCUCAUUCUCAGCCGGCUGCCCAGUAUCACUGGUCCCUCAAUAGCACCAGCCCAUUGGAACAGGAUGGGUCCCUGCUCACUAUCGAGGUUAUAACCUGGGAUCAUCAGGGAACCUGCAUGUGCCUGGCAUGGAACAACUUGACCCAAGUGAUCCGCUCAGCUACAGUCACCAUCAGGGUGGAAUAUCUGAGGUCCUACUCCCCGCUUCUGGCCCUGAAUCCCAUUUUCCUGGGUGUGCCAGAUUCCUCCCUGUCUGCUGGGGUCAUUGCUGGCAUUGUGGUUGGAGUUCUGGCUGCUGUUGUCCUGAGCACAGGGCUGGUGUAUUUCCUCGUCAUCAGGAAAAGGUGCCCAGAAAAGAAGUCAGGGGGACACAUGAAAGGAGAAAAGAUGAGAAAAACUCACCUGGAGCCCAAUCUUGGGCAGUCGGAAUCUGUGGCAAUAGAUACCUUAGGAUCCAAGAGACCAAGAAACACAUCUGCACAGGAACCACCAGAAGACCUUAUCUAUGAGAAUAAAGCACCUGCCUAUCAUAACCAAUCUCGUCAUCAGGCAUUUCUCUCACCACUUGCCAAUGAUCAAUUGCACAAAAAGGAGUCGGUCUAUGAGACACUGUCAUCACCAUAUGAAAAUAUUUAUUAUGCAAUUGACCCAGUUACUUAGCCUUUCCUCCACUUGGAUUCAGAAGAUUUGGACUGGAGUCCUAAUUCCACCAUUUACUUGCUAUGUGAUACUGGGCAGGCCAUCUCUACUCUCUGGAUUUCAUUUCCCUUCUCAAAAUGAAUAUAAAAUUACACUAUAUUUUAAGCUUUCUGGGAGAAUAUCAAGGACUUUAUCACUAUAAACCACUGAAUAAAUGUCUAUUGCUAUA